AUGCACACCGCGUUAUUAGGAUUCGAGCCAGAAGUGGCCCGGGGCGUCCAGGUCCUCGCCUUACCCUCGUUGCAAGAAGCGAGCAAUCUGCCUUGCGACACUGGCAGCGAUGUCAAAGUUCUUCAGAAAGAGUUUGAGAACACCGUAGCGGAUCUCGGCCUCGUAGAAGAGGGCUGGCAAGUGAAAGCUUACCAAGUAUGGCAGACUGACGCAUCACUCACGAGUGCUUCACUUCUCGUUAGAGCCGAAAGCGCUCGGCAGUGGCUUCGAGACAGACCGGAGAACAACAUUGUUGUGGUCUCGCAUGGCUGCUUCCUACACUUCCUGACCGAUGACUGGAAGGGCUCGUUGAGCGCACAAGGUUUGCAGUCUCUGGAUCGCUGCAUCAUUUUGACGAUUGCUGAUCAUCUAUCACUAGCCACCGGAUGGUCGAACGCGGAGUUUCGUUCAUAUGAGCUUUCGAGUGAUGGUGGCAGCACCCUACUAAGGGAGACAGCAGAAUCAAAGGAGAGGAGAGGAGUUGCAGCAUGCGACCAUGAGAGCGAAGAGGAGACGCUGCUGGAGAGAAAGAAGACGAUUGACACUUGGUUAACGUGGGGCAUUGUCACUGGUUGA